AUGGUAAAUGAUGUUGCAGGUGACAGUGAGGAAGGCCAUAUUGGACGGCGUGCGCGGGCUGCGCACGCACUUCGGCGCCGAGCUGCCCUCGCGCGAGCUGAGCGUGCUGUACGAGCAGCUCCUCGACCACCCCAAGUGCGAGGCGGCGGCGCUGCAGUCGCUGGCGGCGAGCGCGUGGCGGGCGACGCGCGGCCCACCAUCCUCGCGCUGUACGGCGCGGCGGGCGAAGCGCUCACUCCUGAGGCUUUCCAGAAAAUUCUAGAUUCGGAAGUGUCGCCGCGCUUCUACGAGCAGUACACGGCGCUGCGCGUGCGUGCGCUGGCGGGCACGGGCGCGGACGCUACUGACGCUACCGAGCACGCCGAGCACGCCGAGCACGCGGACGAGCGCGCGCUGCAGCACCGCGUGCGCUGCGGGCACGUGGACAUGGACACGUGCGAGGCGGUAUGUUGGUGUAUACACGCCAGAGUGCCGUUCAGUGAGUGCGUGCUGCAGGCGGCCAUCUUGUGUUACGAGCGCUUCCCCGCCAACAAGAGGAAGGAGGUCGUGGUGCACUCCCUGUCGAGAGCCGAUGCGGAGCUGAGAUCUUGUACAGUAAAGUUCCUGAUCGCCGAAUCAGUCCGCGCGGUCCCCGGCGCUGGGUGGCUUCGGCUGUGGCGCGAUAUGUUCGACGAUGAGGACGGCAGGGACGCGGUGGUGGCGGAGUGCUGCGACCUGGUGUUCGCUGACGUGCUGCGCUGCGUCACAGAUGUGCUGCACAGCAUUGUGGGUGACGAGGUAAAGGACAUAGCACCGAACCCCGAACCAGCGGAUCCAGUGCGAGACUUCUUCACCCGACUGGCCGGUUCCGACGGCGAGGUCGACUGGCAGGAACUGAAGGAGAUCCUCGACUACGCCAUGAGAGAGGGACUUGCCGCUACACACGUGUGCCGUUGAAGCAAUGCUUCUUAAGUUCUCCGAAGCGCUACUGUGUGCGCCGGACACCCUUGCUGACAAGUGUCCGCCGCGAGACGUGCUCACAGCGCUCGAGGUGAGAUACUAUCAUCGUCAGCCGAUGAACAACCACUGCUGAACACGCGCCUCUUGUAUAAAUCGUCUCCAAAGAGUAAAAGAAUCUUUUGUAGGUUUGGGUGUACUCUUCUAUAACAAGAUCCCCAAGAUUGUGAUGGACCUGCCAAUGCAUAGCUUUAAGCAAUGUGUUAAAAAACAUUUACUUAGUCGAGGUUACUACAACAUUGAUGAGUUCCUUAAAGAUAAAAGCGCUUGGAGGCCAUUGGAUCAGCUUCCACCUUCACACAGGAAAUAAAACUAUAAGAAAUUGUAAUUUAAUUGUUAUCAAUUGUAAAUUAUAAUACUGUAUGACUUUUUCAAAAGAAUCUUCUCAGCAGAACCUGCCUUCCGAACCGGUGGUAGAAUCUUUACAAAUAGUCAACUGACGUGUCAAAACUGCUUGUAAACUGAGCCUACUUGAAAUAAAUGAUUUUUGAUUUGA